UGGAUUUUGUGCCAUGCCUUGGUAAAGUGAGGUGUUUCUCCGGUUUUCCUGGGACUGAAGGGUGUAUAGGCAGGGGGACUUGAGUGAUGUAAAUCGAAAGGAUGAAAGGAUCUGCUCGGUGGUAUAAAUAAUUGAAUAACCAUUGAUUAUUUUCUGGACGUGACUGGUUUAUAACUUCAGAAGAAACAAUGGAAAGUAAAGAAUUUAAUGUCCUAUAUACUCACCAAAAGACGAAGAAGUCAAAGGUGUGGCAAGAUGGAAUUCUGAAGAUCACUCACUUAGGAAACAAAGCCAUUUUGUAUGAUGACAAAGGAUCUUGUUUGGAGAGUAUAUUUCUUAAAUGCCUUGAGGUGAAACCUGGAGAUGACUUAGAAGGUGAUCGAUACUUAAUCUCAGUUGAGGAGAUUAAAGUCACUGGAGGUCUCACUAUUAAAAAGGAUGUCAUUAAAGAAGCACCAGAAUUAAGUUCAAAGAGGUUUGUGUCCUCUGGCCGGUCUCUUGGAUGUCAGCCUGCUGGUUUAAAAAGGAAGUUUACUGGUUUUCAAGGACCAUGUCAAGUUCCAAAGAAAAUGGUUAUUACAGAAAAUUACGAAUCACCUGCAUCACUGGAGGCUAAGAAACCUGGCCCUACUUUUUCUUCUCCAUUCUAUAGCACACCUAGUUUGUUUUCUACUGUUGGCAAGAAAGAUAUAAAUGAUACCUCAACAGACCCUGAGAACGUUGUGACUUAUAAGGACAAAGAGAGAAAUGACAUUCCUUUUUCUUUAGGUGUCCCUGCUCCAUCCUUCAAAAUUAACACAGAAUUGCUCUGUGAAGAAAGUUAUUUUUGCUGUCCUAUUAGUUCUGGAAGUAAGCAUCCAGACUCUUUACAGACCAGUGAGCCAAGAAAAGGAGAUAAUUUUUUGUCUCCCUGUUUAAGAGUUUCACAAAACAUCAGAAGCAAAGCACAGAUAUUAGCUCUUCUGAAGUCCAAAUCAACUAGUACAAGUAAGAAAUUAGAUUCUAAGAUUACAGAACACUUUCCCCCAAUACAACCACAAGAAGCUUUAAACAUUGCUACUAAACCAAAGUGCUUAAUUCAUCAGGAAAAAUAUACUGAGAUGAAGAGUACAGAAAAUUUACACUGUCAGCAUCAAUCAGAAAAUACCAUGAGAAAUAAAAACCAGUGGGCCGUGUACUUAUCCUCACAGAGUUCACCUGUACAUUCUUCUGUUGUAGGUGGAAGUGAUUCAGAAAGGAAACCCAAAGCUCAGGAAGAUGAUAUAAAUUUGAAUUUGAAAGAACUUUUGGUACAAAAAAGGACACAGUUGUUUGAAACAUAUAUUGAAAAGGGUGGAAAGUAUAAUGUAGAGAAGCCAGUAAAGAUUAAUGAUCAAUUCUGGAAUCAAGAAAUAAAAUUAGAAAUUCCUUCAUUUUGUGACAGUAAUAGCUUACAGAUUACUUGUAGCAGUGCAAAAAAUGAUGGUGUAUCAUCAGAAUCUGACAUUCAAGAAAAUAAUAGAUUAUCUUCUAAUCAAAAUGACAAGCUGUACAUAAAAGGAUCAGUUCUCAAUAGAGAAGAUGCUCCUCGGGAGGGAAAUAUGUGUGGUACAUCAGAAAAAGGGUGUAAACAACUGACAUCAUCUCUAGUAGAAUCAGAACAUCUACCAAUUGAAUCUUCUCUAAGUAGCAAUUCUAGGAUCUCCAAUGAUAUUACAGAUAUGUUUUCUAAAAGUAAUACUGAUAUUGAAAGUCUUAAUAGUAUUCAUGAAUCUCUAAGUAAUGUAACACAACCAUUUUGGGAGGUAAAUUUUGAUCUGAACAAUUUUGAGACCAGUGACACUGAGGAGGAAUCACAGCAAAGCAAUAAAAUUUCCCAGAAUUCAGACAGUUGGAUAAAGGAAAUUUUGGUCAACAACAACAAUUCAUGUGUUCAAAAAGAAAUUGGCAGUGAACAUUUGCCACUCUUGACAAUAGCUGGUGGCAAACCUACAGAAACAUUUCCUGUUAAAGAGACUGUGCCAUUACAGUUUUGUAAUACAACUUGUGUAGGUUUUGAUCCAGGACCUUGUAAAGCUGAAAAUGCUGGAAACGAAGCUGGAAAUGCUAGAAAAGAAAUAGAGGAGAAUAGUGAUACAUUAAACACUUUUGAUUCAUCCUUAGAGUGGACUAAUGACGUAUAUAUAGAUAAUAAAGAAGAUUCUAAUAAAUCUAUCCAAAAAGUCAGAACUAACCACGAUUUCGCUUUAGUCCCUAGUAAAUCUAAAGAUAUAAGCACAAAUUUACAUAUUCCUGAUUUUUUAAACAUGGCAACUGAUCAAACUCAUGAAAACAAUCUAUUUUCAGAAGAUGCUCAAUCUCAGCCUUUUAUUUUGGAAAGUGACUUAGACAAAAGUGAUGAACAGGUUUUACCAUCAACCUGUAGAAGUGACAACAGUACCCAACUAUUAAAUAUCAACCAGAAUGACUCUGAAUGUAUUACUCUUGAUAAAUCAAAUGUCCAAAUUUCUAGUUCUUUGUUUUGCCCACUGGGAAAAGAGCAUCUUAUUUUCAAAGACACAGAAGCACGUAUACCUGAAUCUGAAGAUUGGGGAAGGAUUAGAAGUUUAUCCCAUGACCAUGUUGAAGUCAAAACUUCCGGAAAAAGCAAACAAUACUGGAAUAAUCCUAGAAAUGCUUCAGAACUUUCUGAAUUAGUAAACAACAUUUCCCUUUUAAAGUCCCUGUCUGAACACAGUACUGCUUUAGACAGCUUGGAAAUAUUAAAAAAGGAAAAUGCUAUCCUUCAACAACAAGGAACUCAACAGAUACAUGAGCCAGAUAGCAGUCCUGAAGCUCGGAAAUCAUUUACUACAGUAGUUUCACAAGCUAUACCAAAGUCUUCUCAUCUGAACCAGGAUUCUCAACAGAUACUAAAAGAAAAUGAAGUUGAACGAAGUGAACCACCCCAGUCUUUGCAGUUUUUUUCCUUGGGAAAUAAAGAAGAUACUGCUUUUCUAGAUGUUAUUCCUAAACAAAUAGAGAGAAAAACCUAUGACCAUAAGGUAAAAUUUGUGAAGAAUAUUGAUUUUCUGACCAACAAUAUUUUCCUCAGUCUUUUUUUUCAUAUUCUGGGCAAGCUUUAUUACCCUGGUGAAGUAGAAAUCCUCACAUCCUCAAGGGGGCAGCAGAGAAAGCCAUUUGAAGCCUAA